GCUUUCACCAUGAACAACGAGACAUAAUCAAGCGAUAAUAUUCAAUUCAGCAGCCAACUUCGGCUUCCUGUUGGUAUAUACCCAAACCAACAAGUUUCCGUACUGCCUCCAAGAAUCAGCACUGUGCCAUCCAUCCGCGAAUCCUUUUCUCCGAUCGUUGUAAGCGUCGAGCAAAGAUGGCCGGUCCAAACAACGGCAUUGUCCUCUACCACUACUCGUUCUCGCCCUUCGCUAGGAGAGUUCUGUGGUAUCUGAGUCUGCGAGGCAUGGACUAUGCUGAGUGUAAGCAACCGCCGGUCAUGCCUCGACCAGAUCUCAGUGUCCUGGGUGUCAAGUACAGACGAAUUCCCGUAAUGAGCAUAGGCCGUGAUGUCUACUGCGACAGUCGAAUCAUCCUGCGCAAGUUGGAAGAAUUGUUCCCCGAAGGCGCUCUGGGUGCAUCAAGCCCCGAAGAGAAGGCCAUUGAGAAGUUUCUGGAAAUUUGGAACAUAGAGGCGGGACUCUUUACACGAGCGUCGCAGCUGAUCCCGACGAGUAUGCCACUUUUGAACGAUCCUAAAUUCACCAAAGAUCGAGAAGAGUACUCCGGCCGACCAUGGAGCAAGGAAUACAUCGCCGAGAAUCGACCCGAGGCCGUGGCAGCCAUCAGAAGCGGAUUCAAGCUCCUCGAGACUACCUUACUGGCCGAUGGGCGGAAAUGGGUACUCAAGACGGAAAAGCCGACUCUGGCCGACAUCGAAGCCAUCUGGACCUUUGAUUGGUUGAAUGGACUCAAAGGGGCACUUCCCCGGGAGUUGAUCUCUGACAAGGGAUAUCCCAAGGUAUUUGCGUGGAUUGCCAGGUUCAACAAUGUUCUCAAGGCCGCCAAAGCUCAAGCGCCGAAACCGGCCUCUUUGAAAGGCGACGCUGCAGCUGAGCGGAUCCUCAACGCUUCCUUCGUCGACAAGGACUUGGGCGUUGACCCCGCGGAUCCUCUUGGAUUGCAGCCAGGAACCGAAGUGGAAGUGUUUCCAAUCGACUUGGGCACCCAGCAUCAUGACCAGGGCCGCCUGGUUGGGUUGACUGAGGAUGAAGUUGUCCUGAGCACCCAAGCCAAGGGAAAGGAGGUCCGCCUACAUUUUCCCCGGACAGGGUUCCGGAUCAAGGCAGUCACUGGCGGAGCCAAGUCGAAGCUGUGAGGGUGGCUGCACAAUCUUGCAGUCGGAGAAGGUGAUAGUCGUUCCACAGACACAAAUAUGAUCCGCUGCUCUUGCCUAUCCCUG